AUGAGCAUACCAAGCGCAACUCCGCCAUCUACUCACUGUCAAUAUAUCGAGGUUAUCGAUUUGACAACAGACGUUGUAUGCUGCGUAGGCUGUUCUCGAGUCUUAGGGGAUGGUGAUGGCAUCGAAUGUCAUAUGUAUGCUUUAGGUAUUUGCGGUUGUAUGCUCUGUGGCGUCUGUGUUUUAUCACCUUCGUGUGUGUACGAAGGGAAUAUACGCAACUCGCGUACAGGCCUGAAUGAAGUGGCAGGUGUCUUUUGUUGGAGGAAAGAUCAUUUCGUCAUGCAAUCGCAAACAGCGUACAGGACAUGGGGACUCGAAUGCGAAAUAUGUUUUCAAGCAUUAGCAACACUUUUUGGUAUUGAAAAGCCACGUUUGAAUUGUGGGCAUUGGUUCUGCAUAGAAUGCAUGGAGAAAUACCUUGAAUCCCAGCCAGGCUCAGAUAAAUUUCAAUGCCCCAAGUGUAGAGAAUUCAUUGGAAUGAAAGUCCCAUAUAUUUUCUUAAGUGCAACACCACGAGUAAUUAAGGUUGAGCUUUAA